AUGCUGAUGGCGGCGCCGGUGCCGGCGCCGGUGCCCCCGUCAGCCGUGGUCGCCUCCACCGCCGUCGCCAAAGCCCUCUACAAACAGAUCCAGGUCGACCACGAGGUGUGCGACGCCGGCGACGAGGACUCGUUCUUUGUCUGCGACUUGGGCGAGAUCCGGCGAGCGUUUGCCCAGUGGCAGCACCAGUUGCCGAUGGUGAAACCCUACUAUGCCGUCAAGUGCAACCCCCACUUCCAGGUGGUGAAACUUUUGGGCCAGCUCGGCGCCAACUUCGACUGCGCGCUGAAGGCGGAGAUCGACGAGGUCUUAAGUCUCGGAUUCUCCCCUGACCAGAUCGUCUACGCCAACCCGUGCAAGACGAACUCGUUCAUCCGCCACUCGCAGCAGGUAGGGGUGAAGUUGACCACCGUCGACAACACCACCGAGCUCCACAAGCUUGCGCGGUUCCACCCCAAAUGUGGCGUGCUUGUCCGGUUAACUACCGACGACCUGGCCGCCCAGUGCCGCUUGCUGACCAAGUUUGGCUGCACUGUCGACGAAGCCAUCGGCGACAUCUUGCCUUUAGCUCGCCAGUUGGGGCUUAACGUGCGCGGGGUGGCGUUCCACGUGGGGCUGGGGGCGAAGGACUUCACCCUGAUCAACACGGCGAUGAAGGACCUGCGCCAGGUGAUCGACGCCGCGGUGGCGAUGGGGUUCCAGGUGGAUACCCUCGACAUCGGCGGCGGCUUUGAGAGAGCGACGUUUGCCGAGUCGCUGGCGAUGGUGAGAGCCCUGCUUGACCAAUACUUUGCUGGUAGUGAUAUCAACGUCAUCGCCGAGCCUGGCCGGUUCAUGGUGCUGGACGCGUUCACUUUAGCCGCCCACGUCAUCGCCAAACGGCCCCACGAAGUGCCCAUGGUGUACAUCAACGACGGUGUAUACGGGAACAUGAACUGCAUCCUCUUCGACCACCAGACCCCCGAGGCUCACGUGUUGGUGCACCGGUCGCAGUUUGUCUACGGCGACAGCGGCGUCGGCAGCUUCAAGUGUCUGAUCUGGGGCCCCACCUGCGACGGGUUGGACUGUGUCAGCGGCGACGCCAGCCUCGGGUGGGACGUCGACGUCGGCGACUGGCUCUACUUCCCCCGGUUGGGCGCGUAUACCUCGGCGGCGCUGACGGCGUUCAACGGGUUCUCUUCCACGACCAAAGUGGUGUUUGUCGACACCGCUUAA